AUGGUGGUGGCAAAAUCAGACAUCCUUGCUUCCAACAUCACCAAGAUCUUGACUGUUCCUAACAAAAGCUUUUUGAUUGUCGGAACAGAGAACGGUGACGUUCUCUGUCUUGACUCCAACACUCUGCAGCAAACAUACCAGAUAAAAAAAGUCCACGAGGAUGCAGUCAAUUCUAUAAACCAUUACGUGCCCAAAUCCGAUUAUCAGUUUGUCACCACUGGUUCCACGACUCUGUCGCAUUUUGACAUCAGAAAAGAGCAACCUCUGCACCAAAGUGAGGACCAAGAAGACGAGCUCUUAUGUUCGACCUGGUUAGAUCCUACUAACCCCAAUACCAUGCUCUGCGGAAUGGGAGAAGGCGUGGUCACCGUGUGGAGGCCUGAAAUGAACGAUUUUGCGGAUCAAAUCUCCAGGGUCCGCAUCAGCAAGGAGCCUGUGGAGUCUCUGAUUUCUGCGUUGGAUAGCGAGGGUGAGCAUAUUUGGGCAGGUUGUUUUGACGGAACCGUGUCGAGAGUCAACAUCAGAUCGGGAAGGGUGGUUGAAAGAAGAGUGCACAGCGAGACGGACGAGGUCUCAUUCUUGGACUUGGAUCAUGAAUACAGAUUGAUAAGUGCUGGGAUGGAUCGGUUGACUAUAUGGAAGGAAACUGGGGAUGUCGAGUCUAGCGGCGACGAUGAGGAUGAGAAAGACGUUGAUGAAUCUGAAGAUUCCAGUGCAGAGGAGGAGGAGGAAUGGACCGGUUUUGGUGAUGAUGAAGGCCAAAUCGGCUUCGGAAGACUCUGA